GUGCACACACGCACGCACUACACACCGCAACCGAAGCGUACGUCGCAUUGGUGUGCAGUGAAUACCCUUAGCCACAACUCUCUAUCUGCAAUGAUUGCAGAGUUUUUCACCUGUUGACACCGUACUCGGCGGCGUACUGAAUGACCGGAGUUCUUCGCCGGCUGCUGCAAAAACUUUAGAAUGAAGAUCGACGUUGAUGGCCUGUCAGUUUUCUUCCCGUACGACUACAUCUACCCCGAGCAGUAUGCCUACAUGCUGCAGCUCAAGCAGUGCCUCGACGCCAAGGGCCAUGGGGUGCUGGAGAUGCCAUCGGGCACGGGAAAGACUGUCACCCUGCUAUCCCUCAUCCUUGCCUAUCAAAAGGCCAACCCUGCCAUGAUAUCAAAGCUGCUCUACUGCUCACGGACCCUGCCCGAAAUCGAAAAGGUAGUGGAGGAGCUGCGUCGUUUGCUCGAGCACUACAAGCGGGAGACCGGGGAAGACAUGGGUCUGCUGGGGCUGUGCCUCACAUCUCGUAAGAACCUCUGCAUACACCCGCAGGUGAGCCUAGAGCGGGACGGCCGAGUAGUGGACGGUCGGUGCUUCAGCCUAACGGCCUCGUAUCGGCGAGCGCAAGCAACCGACCCCGACACCCAGUGCUGUUCCUUUUUUGAGAACUUUGAGAGCCAGGGCCGAGACAUCCCUCUGCCCACGGGUAUCUACAGUGUGGAUGACCUGAAGGAGUAUGGACGGCAGCGCCAGCUGUGUCCUUAUUUUGUGGCACGGCAAGCAGUUCUGAAUGCCAAGGUGGUGGUCUACAGCUACCACUACCUGCUGGAUCCCAAGAUCGCCGAGGUGGUCUCGAAGGAAAUGAGCCGCAACGCUGUCGUCAUCUUUGACGAGGCCCACAAUAUUGACAAUGUGUGCAUCGAGUCCAUGAGCGUGCGCCUGACCAAGCGGACCAUCGACGGGAGCAUGGAGAACAUCGACAACCUCGACCACACCAUCAAGGAGUUGAAAGAGAAGGAUGCUGAAAAGCUGCGCACCGAAUACGAGCAGCUGCUGGAGGGGCUGCGCCAGGCCAAGGAAGCCCGGGACGCUGAUCUCAUCCUUGCCAACCCUGUUCUGCCCGACGAAGUGUUGGAAGAGGCGGUUCCGGGCAACAUCCGCCUGGCCGAGCACUUUGUGAGUUUCCUGCGGCGCCUGCUUGAGUACAUCAAGAUGCGGCUGAGGGCGCAGCACAUGGUACAGGAGAGCCCCGCCGCCUUUCUCAAGGAUAUUCUGCAGAAGGUGUGCUUGGAACGAAAGCCCCUGCGGUUUUCAGCGGAGCGGCUUCGGUCCCUGCUGCGCACGCUGGAGGUGCCCGACCCGACCAACUUCAGCCCGCUGGUGCGCCUCUGCCACUUUGCCAGCCUAGUGAGCACCUACACUAAGGGAUUCACAAUAAUUGUCGAGCCGUAUGACGAGCGGAGUCCCGGUGUGCCAAACCCUGUGAUAAACCUCUCCUGCAUGGAUGCCUCACUCUCGAUCAAGCCAGUCUUCAACCGCUUUCAGUCGGUCAUCAUCACGUCAGGGACGCUGUCUCCCGUGGAGAUGUACCCAAAGAUCCUGGACUUUCGACCAGUCGUAUCGGCUUCUCUUAGCAUAACUUUGGCGAGACCCAGCAUAUGCCCUCUGAUUGUGAGCAAGGGCAGCGACCAAGUUGCCCUGAGUUCGCGCUUUGAGACACGCGAGGAGGUGUCGGUGGUGCGCAACUACGGCGCCCUGCUGGUGGAGCUGGCAUCGUGCGUGCCCGACGGCCUGGUGUGCUUCUUCACCUCGUACGUGUACCUCGAGUCGGUGGUGGCUGCCUGGUACGAGCAGGGCGUCCUCGACCAGCUGCAGCGCCGCAAGCUGCUUUUCCUUGAGACGCCUGAUGCGGCCGAGACGGCACUUGCACUGGCUAACUACGUCAAGGCAUGCGAGAACGGAAGGGGCGCCGUGCUGCUUUCUGUAGCCCGAGGCAAGGUGUCCGAAGGUGUCGACUUCGACCACCACCUUGGUCGGGCAGUGCUCAUGUUUGGCAUCCCCUUCGUCUACACGCAGAGCAGGAUUCUUCGGGCUCGGCUGGAGUUUCUGCGGGACCAGUUCCAGAUUCGGGAGAACGACUUCCUCACCUUCGAUGCGAUGCGGCAUGCUGCACAGUGUGUGGGUCGAGCGCUUCGUGGGAAGACGGACUACGGCAUCAUGAUCUUUGCUGACAAGCGUUUCUCGAGAUGGGACAAGCGUAGCAAGCUGCCCCGGUGGAUACAGGAGCACCUGCAGGACUCCCUCUGCAACCUGAGCACCGAGGAGGCAUUGCAGGUCGUUAAGCGCUUCCUUAGACAGAUGGCACAGCCUUUCACAAGGGAGGAUCAACUCGGGGUGUCUCUGCUCACAGCUGAACAACUACAGUCGGAAGAAGUGAAGAAAAAACUGGAAAGCAGGGUGCAACUUCACUGAACAGAAGGGAAGGGCGUCAUUAUUUUAGCUGGCAUCGUUCCCAUCAUCAAAGUUAUUUAAUAAAAUGUCUAAUCACAUU